AUGUCGGCUGAGAUCCCGUCGGCUCUCCUUCGAGCUAAGACUGCUUCUGUUACAUUCUUUGCUCAGUCUAUUCUGGGAAUCGCUUUUAGCUAUGCUGUCCCACGUUUAUUACUUAAACUCAAUAUUAAGGCAUGUUUUGUAUUUGGCGCCUUUUCCGUGCCAGUCUGCGUUCUUAUGUGGCUUUAUGUCCCAGAGACCAAGGGUCGAUCCGCCGCUGAGAUUGAUGAGCUGUAUGAGUCCAAGGUUCCAGCUUGGAGAUGGUCUAAGACUAUCACGUCAGCUGAGAGGCAGAUGCAUACAGUUCUGCUAACUAAGGAUAAUGAUAAGGAGGAGAUAUAA